CCGAGUGCCCGGGCUGCUGCCCCAGCUGGGCAGUGCUGCUGUGCGCUGCGCCGCGCCGCGCUCGGUGCCCGCGCUCCCCGCCCUGUGCUCCCCGCCAGCCGCCCCGGGGCAGGAGGCGCGCCUGACGGCCGGCCCGGCAGACAAAGGAGGCGCGGCGCGGCGGAGCCAGCGCGGGCGGACGGACCAUGGACUCGGAGCGCGGCCGGCCGGCCCCAGCCCUGGGGACCAGCCGCUCCCGAGCCCGGCCCUAGGCGCCCGGCCCCGCCGCCCGGGGCGCCCAGCGGCGAGGACGCGGCGCCCGCCCCGCGCGGAGGAGGCGGCGGCCGCCGAGCGAAAGGGGUCGCCUCGGCGGGCGGCCCCUGCGGCCCCCAGAGCCAUGGGCAAGUGCAGCGGGCGCUGCACGCUUGUCGCCUUCUGCUGCCUGCAGCUGGUGGCUGCACUGGAGCGGCAGAUCUUUGACUUCCUGGGCUACCAAUGGGCUCCCAUCCUGGCCAACUUCCUGCACAUCAUGGCAGUCAUCUUGGGCAUCUUUGGCACAGUGCAGUACCGCUCCCGGUACCUCAUUCUGUAUGCAGCCUGGCUGGUGCUCUGGGUUGGCUGGAAUGCAUUUAUCAUCUGCUUCUACCUGGAGGUUGGACAGCUGUCCCAGGAUCGGGACUUCAUCAUGACCUUCAACACAUCCUUGCACCGCUCCUGGUGGAUGGAGAAUGGGCCUGGCUGCCUGGUGACACCUGUUCUGAACUCUCGCCUGGCCUUGGAGGACCACCAUGUCAUCUCUGUCACUGGCUGCCUCCUUGACUAUCCCUACAUUGAAGCCCUCAGCAGUGCCCUGCAAAUCUUCCUGGCACUGUUCGGCUUCGUGUUCGCCUGCUACGUGAGCAAAGUGUUCCUGGAGGAGGAGGACAGCUUUGACUUCAUCGGUGGCUUUGACUCCUACGGAUACCAGGCGCCCCAGAAGACGUCGCAUUUACAACUGCAGCCUCUGUACACGUCAGGGUAGCUUCUGCCGGGCGCCGCACCCUUGGCGUCUGGACUGCCGGCGGCUGCCGAGAGCACAGGCCAAGAUGGGCAGGCGGGCGCGCCCUCUGGCGGCUCAUGGACAGACUGCAGCCUGUGCCGACCCCUCCUGGGUCUACAGUCGAAGCGGACUUGGACUUGGCCCUUCCGCAGCCGGGA